AUGGCUGCCAAGGACCUGACGACGAGAGAAUGGAUCAAUGCUCUCAUUGAGCCUGGCUAUCUUCUAGUCUGGGCCCUGCGCUACUAUGUCAAGGUCAACCUCGAGACCGUCUUCUGCAAAGGACAAAUCCUCGCUCCUCUUCUCCACCAGAGCAGAGUGCGUGAUGAAGCAUUCGGCAAAUUCUGGGUAGCUUUCAGCACAUACCUCCAAGCAAACGCCCCAGCAUCACCACCACCCACCCAACCCCCAGACCAAAUCAUCCGCUCCUCAGACCUAAUCCCACCCCUCCUCGCCCGCGCCUCGGGCACCGUCCUCGACGUCGGCCCAGGCACAGGUACUCAAAUGCCCCUCCUCCGCUCCCCAGCCAUCAAGGCCAUCUACGGCGCGGAGCCCUGUCACGGCUUGCACGCUGAACUGCGCGCCAGCGCCACCUCCCAAGGUCUCGAGGAUAAAUACAACAUCCUCCCGUGCGGCGUAGAAUCCGCAGACCUUAUCCCCGCUCUUCAAAGACAGGGCCUUCUCAAGACGGACGCUUCAGACGUGCCGUCCAUCCUCGAAACCCUAUCCACGACUAGAGAAGGCGUAUUCGACACCAUCGUCUGCGUGCGCGUGUUAUGUUCAGUCCCCGAUAUGCACCGCACCGUCCAGGACUUGUACAAUCUCCUCCGACCAGGCGGGAAAAUGCUCGUUGUCGAGCAUGUAGUUAACCCGUGGCGGACGCCGAAGGGGUCCGUGAUCGCGAGAGCGUUCCAGGCCUUUUAUGGCUUCAUGGGCUGGAGUUGGUAUUUGGGAAAUUGCUGCAUGAAUCGGGAUACCACCUCGGCGUUGAAGCAUGCUGCGGAUCAGGAUGGUGGGUGGGAGUCGGCUGAGUUGGAGAGCUGGUUUGAGAGUACCCCGAUGCCGUAUGUUGCGGGCAUUCUGACGAAGAGGGGGUGA